CCUCCAAGAUCGUAAAUUUUUAAUGGAAAUUGUAUACAGUACGGAAGAACGAUUCCUCGAUUUCCUUUUUAUCCGCAAAAUCGGCAAUCGCGUUUUCAACGCACGCUGAAACUUUAUCGUACGAUAAAAAUAUUUAAUGAGUAGCUUCUAUUGAUCAUACGUCCAGAGAUGAAUUCAUUUGCUGACCCUUCACAAUCUCCCAGUCUUCACGUGAAUAUUUCGUGAUACUACGUCGGACUGCAAUUCGACAUUUACGUGAAAUUUCUUAUAUUUCUUUUUUUUUUCUAUUAGUGUAUUCAUAUAGCUUGGUGUACUUAUUUGUUACAUUAUUACAUAUACUUGAUACUCGGACGAAAGUAACGAAAGACAUAAAAUUAUGACGUAUAAAAUUACGUAUAAAAGCACUAUUAAUCGUACGACAAAAUUUGCGCUUAUCUUAUUUGGUAUCUGGCCAAAUAUAUCAUGCCUUAUGUUCUGCAGAAUAUUUUGGACUGUUACAAUAUUAAUGGUUCUAUUUUGCCAUUAUCUGUAUUUCUUGACGCAUUAUCAUUCUGAUGAUGUGUUCGACUUAAUGGACUGUUUCACUAGCUUCUUAGGAUUUUUGAAAUUAAUGAUCAAAUUUGCUUUUUUUUGGUUAAAUCAGCGAUUAUUCAACGAAAUCUUAACAAUGAUAGCGGAAGAUUGGAAUGAUUGCACUAAGAGUGAUAUUGAGAUGCACGAGGCAAUAAACAAAGCGAAGGUGUCGAGUCAUCUCGCCAACGCGAUCAUAACUCUUCAUACAGUUGUUGUGCUCUUUUAUGGCAUCGGCGUUAUUCUGGGCAGUGUCGACGUCACCAAUCGUACGAUCGAAUUACCCCACAUUUACAAAGCGAUAGUUCCCUUCAGCAUAAAUACGCAGCGCACGUAUAAAAUCGUGUUAAUCGUAGAAUUAAUACAUCUCAUUACGUGUAGUUGGGGCUUAGGUAUACUAAACGCUUUAUUGUUAAUUUUGAUCCUACACGUAGGUGGCCAGAUAAAUAUUCUGUGUUAUUGGUUAACGGAAUCGAUAUCUAAAGAGAAUAAGCAUAAAUCUAUCGCUAUUAUAAUGAAGAAAAUUAUUCAGAAGCAUCAGAAAAUCAUUUACUUUGCAAAAAAUGUUGAGAGUCUGUACACAUUCAUUGCGCUCAUGCAAUUUAUAUCUAACAUAAUGAUGAUCUGCAUAAUAGGAUUUUUAAUCAUAACAGCACUCGGCAACCCUAACGCGACAGAAAAGAUAAUGAGAGCUAUUUCAUACUACAGUGUAACAAAUGUCGAAGCGUUCAUAUUCUGCUAUGCUGGGGAAUAUUUGAUCAAUAAGAGCAAGGCAAUAGGAUUAGCUGCAUAUAAUCUUGCCUGGUACGAAUUGGAGCCUGAAUACAAUCGUAUUAUAUUAUUCAUAAUAUUGAGAGCGCAGAAACAAUUAACACUUACGGUUGGGAAAAUGACGGUUCUCUCGUUACAAUGCUUCGCAAGCAUCAUGAAUUCUGCAGGCUCAUAUUUAUCAGUGUUAUUGGCAAUGCAAUAAUGCCACGUUCAUCGCGCCAAUUUUCACUACUGAAGUUUUUAUGUACAUAU